ACGCUGGCGACGCCUCGCAGUGGCUACGCGAAGCUGGCGCUCGCUCGACGGCGACAUCGACUGGGAAGAACGAUAGAACCAUCCAUAGAACCCAAUAUCUGCCAAUAUGACCAAAUGACGAAUAUGGAUGACAACUCGCAAUCUUCUCCUGCACAGUCCCUUCAAAGUCAGCCACCCGCAGUUUCCGCUACUACGUCUUGUUGCAAAUACGGUGCGAAGACAGCUUGCGUCGCUGCUGACUGUACCAAUACCCGUUACGAGAACAAAUAUAACCUACGUUUCUUCCGUUUGCCGGCGGAUGACAAGCGCCGAAACCAAUGGCUGACCAAUUGUGGCCGACCUGACUUGAUGAACCAGCCAGCUAAGUACCUCGUCAAUAGGACAAUAUGCCAACUUCAUUUCCUGGACUCACAGUUCAUGAAUGCCCAGGACCGCACAAGGCUAACCUGGAAUGCCUUACCCACCCUCUUCGGAAAUGCAGUCAGGAAACCCGAAGAAGUGGUCAAUGCCAGCAUCAAGAAAGAGAGCGUCACUAAGAAGCUAAAACCCUCGCUGCCAGAGAACCAGGACCAUGCUUACAUUGAAGCUGCCCCUGAUUACCGCAAGUACAUGAUCAUGUGCUCUGACUUGUUGCGAGAUGUUAACGAGAAGGCAAAAAAGCUGGAAGCCUUGGAAGAAGUGGAAGCAGUAACCAUGGAUGCCAUCAUGCGCCAGGCACGAACACUUCCACCAGAGAGAGUGGCUACUCUUAUCGGCUCCUUGAUUGCCACACUGAGCCAUACCAAGUGUACCCUGCAAUCUGAUACAUCUGACCUCGGCAAGCUGGUGAAAGAGAAGCUGGUGGAACUUCAGCAAGAAUACACUGACGCCAGUGAACGACCACAAGUGCACACGGAGGUCCUACUCCGGAGCCCAGCGCACCCGGACAGCGUACUGCUCGGAAUGCGGACAGGGGCUGCCUUUGGGAAAGGGCUCUACCAGCUGCCCGGAGAUUAUGUUCGCUUUGGAGAAACCUGGGAAGCAGCAGCAACUAGAGCCGUGCUCGAAGAGACAGGUUACCAGAUAGAAGAACCUGAGGUCUGUGCCGUUGUUGAGACUGUACGUGUCGAGCACAAGUUCCAUUGUAUCAGCAUCUUCAUGACGGCUGCUGUCAUCAACCAUUCUGUAGAACCAAAAUCUAAUGACGAACGUUUGCGCACAGGAUGGCAGUGGUGCAAGCGAGACACAUUACCUAGCGACGACCUUCUCUUCUGGACACUUCAGGAUCUUCGUCGAAAGAAUUUAAUAAACUUUGAUAAGCCUGCAUAGCAAUGCUUGUAUUGUAGACGUGCACUAUUGUAAUAAAUGUGACAUUUCUAGGUACUCUA